AUCUCACUCCAGAGCCCCAAAAGGGCUGAACUUGCAUUUAGAGAAUGUGGCCCAUGAAUUUUAAGACUGUGAAAGUAGUGUCAGGCUAUGGCAUAUAGUUAAUCUCUAUCUCAAACUCUAGUAAACAUGUAUGUGUGGAUAACUCUCCUCGCGGGCUUGGCUCUUCUCCCCGCGCUGCUGAGAACUUUCUUCCCAUAUUUUUUCCAGGACUGCGUGUAUAUGUACAGAGCCCUUGGAUUUGGGAUACGACUAAACCUAUACAAAAUUAAAACUCCAUUCUAUAGUAUUGUGGACUGUUUUUUGGAAGCAGUGAAGAAACACCCGCGGAAGGCGUUUAUCCAUUUCGAGGGGAAGACUUACUCUUAUGAGGAGGUGGAUAAGGAGAGUAACAAAGUCGCGGAUGCGCUUCGCUCGGUGGCUGCGCUCAAAGAAGGGGACACGGUCGCGCUUUUUCUGGGGAACGAGCCCCGUUUCGUGUGGACCUGGCUCGGCCUGGCCAAGCUGGGCUGUCCUGCUGCACUCCUGAACUUCAAUAUCAGAUCCAAAUCACUCCUUCACUGCUUCUCCUGCUGCGGCGCGAACGUGCUUAUAGCAGCUGCUGAGCUUUGUGAUGCUGUUGAGGAGAUAUUGCCGGCACUGAAAGAAAAGGGGAUAACCGUGUACCUCCUGUCGGAUGAGUGCACUACCGACGGCAUUCAGUGUAUUGGUCAGGCGAUCGCUAAGGCUUCAGACAAACCUCUGUCCCCGUCUCUCAGGUCCAAUAUCCAUAUCAGGAGUACAGCACUGUAUAUCUACACUUCUGGCACUACAGGUCUUCCUAAGGCAGCGUAUGUGACCCAUGAGAGGGUCUGGGCUUCGUCAUUCAUCCAGGGUGUUUGUGGAGUGACGUCUGAAGACAUAUUCUACAUCAAUCUGCCUCUGUAUCACAGCGCUGGAUUCCUCAUCGGACUCGCUGGAUCCAUUGAAAGAGGUAACACUGUUGUUUUGCGGAGAAAGUUUUCCGCCUCUCAGUUCUGGGAUGACUGCAGGAAAUACAACAUAACUGUGAUGCAGUACAUUGGUGAAACACUGCGCUACCUCUGCAAUUCGCCAAAGAAAGACAAUGACCGAGACCACAAGGUGAAGAUCGCCAUUGGUAAUGGUGUACGAGCAGACGUCUGGAAGGAGUUCCUGAACCGUUUCGGACGUAUUCAUGUCCGGGAGCUCUAUGCUGCCACAGAGGGAAAUGUCGGUUUCAUCAAUUACACCGAUAAAGUCGGAGUGGUCGGUCGUAUCAAUAUUGUCAGCAAGAUGUUUUUCCCCUUUGCCCUCAUCAAGUUUGACAUUGAGAAAGAAGAACCUGUGAGGAACGCUGAGGGUCUGUGUAUCCCAGCCGGAAGAGAUGAGGUGGGCCUUCUGGUCGGGAAAAUCACGAAACACACCCCAUUUGUCGGCUACGCUGGGAACAAGCAGCAGACUGAGAAGAAGAGACUCAGUAAUGUAUUUGUGAAAGGAGAUCUGUAUUUCAACAGUGGAGAUCUGCUGAGGAUCGACCAUGAAAACUUUGUGUACUUUCAGGAUCGAGUUGGAGACACGUUCAGGUGGAAAGGCGAGAAUGUGGCUACAACUGAGGUGGCAGAUAUUCUCACAAUGGUGGACUGCAUUGAGGAGGCCAAUGUGUAUGGAGUCAAAGUUGAAGGCCAUGAAGGAAGGAUUGGAAUGGCAGCUGUGAAACUGAAAGAAGGUAAAGAGUUUGACUGCGUCACCACUUGCAGUGUUUUGGCGAACUAUCUUCCAGUGUACGCCAGACCUCGAUUCAUCCGAAUUCAGAAUUCCUUGGAAAUCACAGGAACUUUCAAGAUGAAAAAAGUGAAGUUGGUGGAGGAAGGCUUUGACCCAACCUUAAUACAAGAUCCUCUCUACUUCCUGGAUCUGACGCAAAAGAAAUACAUUCCACUCUCUCAGGAAAUUUAUAACUCGAUCAUGUCGCACAACAUUAAACUGUAAUAAUAACCAUAAAAUAAGCUAACGGUACCAUUUUGAAAUCUACUAACCAGUAGUUGCCCACUAAUCUCAGGGAAAACAAGUGAUUACGGUGAAUGAUUUUAACCUUUACAGACCAGUACAGUCAACUGUUUUACAUUAGUUUACUUUAUAAAAUGCAUAAAUGUGCCUUAUCACUUAACCUUGUUAAUAAUGUACAUUUAUAAUUGUCUGCUAACUUGUAAUAAAAGUUAAUUAGAAUCUAA